AUGGGUCAAGGAGCGGUGAUAGAACCAGGACUGAAGAUUAUAGGUGGUUCAGUUGCAUUUCCAGGUGAAUUUCCUCAUGCAGUUUCAUUGAGAAUAUCAGGACAACAUUUUUGUGGUGGAUCAAUUGUAGAUCCUCAGCACAUUGUCACUGCAGCUCAUUGUGUUCAAGGUGCUAUACUAUGGUAUCUCAUGAAAUCCGCUUUAACAGUUGUAUCUGGAAGCAACAGCUUAUCUCGUGGCGGAAAUUCUCACAAAAUCAAGAGGAUUGCACCUCAUCCUGACUUUAAAUUUGAUGUCAAAAAAUAUUUUCCCAAUGACAUUGCUGUCAUAACUUUGAUGUCUCCUAUGGUUUUCAACCGUUACCAGAAACCCAUAAAGUUGCCAAGCGAAGAUUCGUACCAAGGAAUGAAAGGAAUUAUUUUAGGAUGGGGAAGAUCUUUUCCCGAUGGCAAGGUUUCUGAAUAUUUACAAAAAUUGUAUCCUACAGUGCAGGACAUUUCAUAUUGUGGAUCGAAAUUGUUCACAAAUAUUCCUCUGCAGAGGGGACUCGUCUGUGUAGUUCUACCAAAAGGAAAGGGUGCCUGCAAUGGUGACAGCGGUGGCUCAUUGAUAGUGAACAAUGAACUGAUUGGAGUCGCAUCAUUCAUAAUUCCGAAAUGCGCUAGUGGAUAUCCGGACUUUUACACAAAAGUUUUUGCAUACCUAAGUUUCAUCGAGGCAGAAAUGUUGCAAACUUAUUGGUCUGGAGAGUUCACGCGAACCUCUGAUCCGCUGGAAUGCCCAUACAUCCCCAAAAACUUGACAGUUGAUCCAGGAAGUUUGCGUAAAGGGAAGUCCCUGAUCCUCUGGACCAAGCUGAUGGGUUUCUCGUCAGUAAUCUUGGCAGUUGAUCCGAAGAGUUCUCGUGAACAGCAUGAUCCACCAAAGCAUCGUUCCAUCAAUUCGAUGGAACCCCCACCAUACCGAGUACCCUUGCCAUACCCUGCCGCUCCAAGUUUGUCCUACAUUUCAAGAUAG